AUGGAUUAUUUCCCCAUGAUCUUCUAUCUGCUGUUUGUGGUUUUCCAAGGCGCUCCAGGAACAGCAGUCUUAGGUGCUGAGCUCAGCACAGAUGCUGAGAAUGGAGGUCACAGCCCCUCACCCAGUACACCCUGGCGACCCCGUCGAUCCAAGCGCUGCUCCUGCUCGUCCUUGAUGGACAAAGAGUGUGUCUACUUCUGCCACCUCGACAUCAUUUGGAUCAACACUCCCGAGCACAUUGUUCCAUAUGGACUUGGAAGCCCUUCUAGGUCGAAGCGAUCCUUAAAGGAUUUGUUUCCUACAAAGGCAACAGACACCAGGAACAGAUGCCAAUGUACUAGCCAAAGAGACAAGAAGUGCUGGAAUUUUUGCCAAGCAGGAAAAGAACUCAGGGCCCAAGACACUAUGGAGAAAGUCUGGAAUAACCCUAAGAAAGAGAUAGACUGUUCCCAGUUUGGAGAGAAGUGUAUUCAUCAGCAACAGGUGGAAGGAAGAAAACUAAGAAGGUUGGAGACCAUCACCAACAGCAUCAAAACAUCAUUUCGUAUUGCAAAGCUAAAAGCUGAGCUCUACAGAGAAAAGAAACUGAUGCACAACAGAACACACUGA